AUGUGGUAUUUACUCACGCUACUUGUCAUGCUUGGUGGCGGGCCCACCUCCGUGGUGGCGGCGUCCUUGCUGGACGCGGCUGCCCCCAAUGCGUUUCCCAUGCAUGUUGGGAUCAUCUGCAUCCCUCUUUACGGCCACUGGAAGCCGCUGUGGUCGGUGGGGGAGGCCUUUACCAGGCGUGGACACCAUGUCACAUAUUUUAGUGAGAACCCUCAGUGGUGUGAGGAUGUCCAGCGCCACGGGGUAGGCAGGGCGGCGUGUAUUACCAUGCCUUCACGCGGUGCAUUCAGUGAUCCUGCCCUUUUUGAAAAGUUGAGUCGCACAGACAACCUCUUCCUGACGUUUGUGGAUCUCUGGAAUGAGUCCUUCCGCCACCAUGAGCUGCAGCUCGGCGACUACCUUGCGGUGGCCCGGAAGGUGCAUGCCCGGCACCCGUUCAGCAUACUACUCAGCGAUGCCGCCACCUUCGUUGGCGGCUCCGUGGCGCGUGCGUUGGAUGUCCCCUCCGUCUUGUUAUUUCCACUGACGACGAUGCUUCCGUUGGGCUUCUGCAACCGCCUUCCUCUGAUGGGGACCGGAUGGCCGGCGCAGAUGAACCACUGGCAACGGCUGCUAAACUGCAUUUUGCGGAGCAUUGUGGUGGGAUUUGCAAGCUCGCUCCACCGCGUGAAUGACGCAAGAGCGUUGUACAAAAUUCCGCCACUUCGCAACGGGUACGAAUUGGGAGGCUGGUAUGACACCGUACUCGCACCCACCGUUUGGGGGUUUGAUAUUCCGCAGGAGCUGUGCCCCAACUUCCAUACAUUGGGGUUGCUGAGCUUUGACGAGGACCGCACUCCAUUAAUGGAGGAGGAGCUUUCAGCAUUUUUGCAGGGUUGCCCGCAAGGUGCCGUCUACGUGAACCUUGGGACGUUGGUUUCCCUGCAUUGGCGCCAAGCGGAGCAGCUUGCUAGGGCCCUCCGGCAGCUUCCGUACUGCGCCAUCUGGAAACUGAAGGGGGAGCAGGUGGAGCGCCUGCUCCAGGGCGACUUGGGAAAGAUGAAGGAGCGGACGCACAUUCGGCCUUACUUCGUUUCUCCACUGAAAAUCAUGAAGCACGCGAAUGUGGUGGCGUUUGUCUCACAUUGUGGCGACAGCUCUGUGCAUGAGGCGUUGGAGGCCCAGCUGCCUGUUGUUGGGAUUCCUUUUUUUGCCGACCAAUCGGAUGUUUGCCAGCGCCUGGAGGAGGCAGGUGUGGGGAGGUACGUUGGGCACAAGCACCGCUUCACCUCCGACGACGUGUCAAGGGCAAUACGAUGGGUCGUGCAACACGGAAACCAGGCGAAGGCCAACAUGAAACGACUUCUUCAGGUCUCUAGGUUCUUCGGUGGUGCGGAGAGGGCCGUUGAUCUGCUUGAGAGCCGCUACCGCAACCAACUGCUUGGAAGAAAUGAAUCGCUCGAACGAUGCGUUAUUUUUGGCGACGUACCACCGGCGGAUGCGCAACCGCUGCGCAUUGAACAGCUUGACGUGUUUCUUGUAUGGUUUGUCGCGUCUGUUUCGCUGUGGCUUAUUUUCUUCGCGUACACGGCGAAGCUGUCACCGCACCUUGGCCAGAUGAUGAGACCGAGGCAGGCAGCACGUGCAAAAAAGCGGCCGCGCUUCACCGCCUCCCCCAGGGCAACGCAGCCGGAGAAGGCCGGGUGA